GCCGCCUCCUCAGCGAUGCUUUUCCACAGUCUGUCCGGCUCCGAGAUGCACGGGGUCAUCGACGAGAUGGACCGGAGAGCCAAAAGCGAGGCGCCCGCCAUCAGCUCGGCCAUAGACAGGGGAGAGACCGAAACGACCAUGCCGUCCAUCAGCAGUGACCGCGCCGCCCUGUGCGCCGGAUGCGGGGGCAAAAUCUCCGACCGCUACUACCUGCUAGCUGUGGACAAGCAGUGGCACAUGCGCUGCCUCAAGUGCUGCGAAUGCAAACUCAACCUGGAGUCCGAGCUCACCUGCUUCAGCAAAGACGGCAGCAUCUACUGCAAGGAGGAUUACUACAGGAGGUUUUCGGUGCAGAGAUGCGCGAGAUGCCACCUGGGGAUUUCUGCCUCCGAGAUGGUCAUGAGGGCCAGGGAUUUGGUCUAUCACUUAAACUGCUUUACUUGCACCACUUGCAACAAGAUGCUGACCACCGGCGACCACUUUGGCAUGAAGGACAAUCUGGUGUACUGCCGCCUCCACUUCGAGACUCUCAUCCAAGGGGAGUACCAGGUGCACUUCAAUCACUCGGAUGUAGCCGCAGGGAAGGGCCCGGCGCUGGGCGCGGGCUCUGCCAGCACUUUGGGACUGCCUUAUUACAACGGCGUGGGGACUGUGCAGAAGGGGAGACCCAGGAAAAGGAAGAGCCCGGGGCCCGGCGCGGACCUGGCAGCCUACAAUGCAGCUUUAAGCUGCAAUGAAAACGAUGGUGACCACCUGGAUAGAGACCAGCAAUACCCCAGCAAUCAGAAAACAAAGCGCAUGAGGACGUCGUUCAAACACCACCAGUUGCGGACAAUGAAGUCGUACUUUGCUAUUAACCACAAUCCCGACGCCAAGGACUUGAAACAGCUAGCUCAGAAAACCGGCCUGACCAAAAGAGUUCUGCAGGUUUGGUUUCAAAAUGCCCGAGCCAAAUUCAGACGGAACCUCUUACGUCAAGAAAACACAGGGGUGGAUAAGACUUCAGAUUCAACACUCCAAGCAGGGACCCCAUCAGGUCCUGCCUCAGAAAUAUCCAAUGCCUCCAUGAGUCCAUCCAGCACUCCCACUACCUUAACGGACUUGACUAAUCCUACUAUGCCUACUGUGACAUCUGUCUUGACGUCAGUGCCCGGAAGUCUUGAGGUUCAUGAAUCUCGAAGUCCUUCACAGACAACUCUUACAAACCUUUUCUGAUGACUCUUUCUCAAUAAUUUCUUUAAAAAAGAAAUUAUUCUUAGUUGAAAUUCCAAGUGUAUUUUAAUAGAGGCUUUGAGCAACUGACUAACCACAAUUAGGAUCUCUCCUAAAAACAGAAGGAAAUGUAGUGUUCUGGUAUUAUGGAGUAUGGACUGAAGAAUAACUUGGAAGAUCUAUUGCAACACAACAUUUGUGUAACUGUACAGUUUUGUGGACUGAGCAAGGGAAACAGCAAUUAAUUUAAGUUGGCUAAAGCUUCUGUAUUUUCAAAGACUGCCAUGUGCCUUAUAUACUGUUUUAUCUACUUUGGAUUCCAUGUCCACUUCUCUCUUUUUCUCUCUGUAUAUUUAUGACCAGGGCAAAAAUGUUAAGAGUUUGUUACUUUGRAUAGUCCUAAGCCUUUCAUUGGUUGCUUUGUUGUUUUAGAAUUUUAAGGUCAAAGUCUGUUCGAAUACCAGAAUUUGUAAAACCUAACCAGUAAUAAAACCACUUAUGGAAACUACUUGGUAAUGGCUGCAGUUACAUUUAACAUUAAUUUUGCAAUUGAGGUAGGCUGAUUGUAUUUAAAUGGAUUAGAAAAUCACAGUUCAAACACAAUAUCUGCCUAAGAUGAACUCUGAGUGUGUUGUAAACAUGCCUCCUGUUCCGAAGUGUACAUGGGUGAGGAAUCCAGCUUGUACAACGGUCCAGGUAUUUUCAUUAUAGAGAAAUAAAUAAUUGUUAGUUGCAGGUAGAAAUGAUCGUAUAAUGUUAAAAUUCAGGCAGACAAACUGUGCUUAGCUUUGGUGC